CCUGUGGCGCAUGCGCAGCGCACGCACAACUCCUCUUGGCUUUUCGGAAUCCGAACGCGGUCGUUGCUGAGUAGUCUCCGUUCCGCUGGUCGGUCGGCACCAUGGUGAAGCUGAGCAAAGAAGCCAAACAGAGGCUGCAGCAGCUCUUCAAGGGCGGCCAGUUUGCCAUCCGCUGGGGCUUUAUUCCUCUCGUGAUUUACCUUGGCUUUACGAGGGGUGCAGAUCCUGGAAUGCCUGAACCAUCAGUUUUAAGCCUACUUUGGGGAUAAAGGACUGUUUGGUCAUCUGGAUUUGGAAGAAUUCAACACGGAAGGUGUGUACCCUGGCUGGAUAAGAAGGGAGCUGUCAUUUCAACACAUCUGUAACAGAGCAGAGCCUGUACUUAUGAUAGACUAUCAGAAUAAAUAUUUUUAACAAUGUU